AUAAUAAAUAGGUGCAGAUUUGAUGAAAAUUAAUACAAGUAGUGGGAGGUAUAUCGGUUUAGUUUGAUUUGGUUUAUACUGUUUGGUACGGUUUGGGGGUAUUUAUAUCAAUACUACCGGAAUCAAACUAACGGCGUGAAAUAGAGCGUGAGAAAAGGAGACUCGUAUUCAUCUCUUUCCCUCUCUAUCUAUAUCUAUACUAGAGAGAAGGAAGCAAACGCAAAGCAAAGCCCUGAGCAUCAUCGCAGUGCUAAACAGACAGACCGCUCUCUCUCUCUCUCUCUCUGUGUUUUCCCCCAUAUUUCAUCUUCUAAGGCGGCGACUUUCAAGGACUCCCCGGGAACAGUUAAAAGGUUGUAGCAAGAAGCGGGAUAUUUUUUAUUCGGACAAAGAAUUGAUUCCUAGCAGUUGCGCGAGUUCUGAAAUGGGGAAUGCGUGUUGUGUUGCUGCUCGUGACAAAAUGGUCCUCCUCGUGCCUAAUUCUGAGACUGAUGAGAGGAGGAGAAGGCAUUCUCCUACUUGGAGUUUCCGCUGGGAUAAUAAUAGAGGCCGUGUUGCUGGUGAAGUCUCCUCCUCCUCCUCUCUCACUUGCUUUUCUGAUGCUAUUACCCGUAACAAUGAUGCCUCUCAACUCAAAUUUGAAUCUCCUUUUCUUUCAUCUCAACCCUCUCCUUUGGACAGCUUUCAGACACAGACAUCAUCGCAGAAAUCUCCGGCCGCAGAUCUAUCUUUUCCAAAUAAUUCUUCCAUGCAUACACUCUUCCAGCAGAAAGAAAAUGAUUCAACACAACCUGUGGCACCUUCGUAUCCAUCUCCUUCACAGACAUCUUCUUUCCCAGCAUCACCACUUUCUCCCCAGAGCCACUUCCACCCUGCAAGCUCGUCCUCACUUAAACUGACUCAGCGCCCUCGUAUAUCAGAGCAAGUCACAGAUACUCAAAUCUACGGAAUGAACUCACUAAGUAGAAGCUCAGCGACUGAAGAGAGAGAGGGAACUCCUUUGAGAUAUGAUUCUUCUCAGAGUGGACCAUCUGAAUGUUGGUCACUUCAACCCUUUUCUGAAGUCAUGUCAUCUUCUCGCACCAACGACCCUAAUGACUGCUUUGCGCUUGAUCGUGACAAGAUAGACCAUCAUGGCAAUCCAAUCUCCAAUCAGCAUCAGCGAACAUGUGGUGCCUGCUCUAGACCCUUAUCAGAGAAAUCCUUGUGGAGCAGCCAAAAGAUCUUCAUGACCAAUGAGCUCUCUGUGUCCGCUAUUCUAGCAUGUGGGCAUGUCUAUCAUGGUGAAUGUUUAGAGCAGAUGACGUCGGAAAUUGAUAAAUUCGACCCUUCCUGCCCUAUCUGUACAUUGGGCGAGAAGAAAACGGCGAAGCUGUCAGAGAAAGCGUUGAAAGUUGAGAUGGAUUUGAAAGAUAGGCACAACAAAAGACUCAGAAACCGAGUUCUGGACAGUGGUUUUGAUUGCGAUGAUUUUGUAAUGUAUGAUCACAGACACAUGGCAGCAGCAGCAGGAGACAAGGGCCCUGAACUGGUCUCGAGUUCAAGCGUCAAAGGUUAUUCCGCAAAGCCUUUCUUGGCUAGACAUUUCUCUUUUGGAUCCAGAGGUAACAGUAAAGAGAAUCUUGCUGUCAAAAAGAAAGGCUUCUUCUGGACCAAAUCCAGCAAAAUAUGAACUCGUUCUGCGUUGCUCUCUACUGUCUCAAGCAUAAAACUCGAGACAGACGGACACGGUACCAUUUAAUUAAGACCUGCUAUUUGUUGUUACACACUCACUCAUCAUUGGCUUUUCUUUUAUUGGUAUUUGCUAAAUUUUCACACAUGUAAAGUCACAACUUUAGAAUACAUCGUUAGGGAUAGUCAGAACAUUGAGAUCCUUAUUCAAUUCAUCUAUAAAUUAUUCUGGUUGUGCA